UUCACUUUCUGAGAAGUCCACACCCAAAGGUGUAUCAGCUCUAACGUCAGACGUCUUACUCUGCUCAACACAACAGUUGAAUCGACGGCAGUGUCCUGUCCUACAGACAUUAUCCUGAGAGAUAAAAGGGAACUUACUAAACCGAGGAGCUUUGGUCUGUGAGAGCAGAUCUGUCAAUGGCUUCACAGACCAUAAACUUCAUCACCUGGAAUGUUAAUGGACUUAAAAGAAAAAGAGAUCAAAAAUUUCAAAAACUACAAAAUGCUGAUGUUGUUUUCUUACAAGAGACACACAUUGGAGUAGGAGAUGAACAUAUUAUAGAUGGUCUAAAAAACAAGUGGCAUAUUUUCUACACAAAGUAUACAUCCCGAAAGGGAUCAGCCAUACUAGUGAAGAAAACACUGGAUUUUGAAUAUAUAAGUUAUGAAAAAGAUAACUGUGGAACAUACGUUUUGCUGAAAUGUAACCUGGUAGGUCAGCCGUACACUCUGGUUAGUGUUUAUAACCAUGACACAGACAAAAAAACCCUUGAUAAUCUUUCAAGCUACCUGCAGUCAAUGACCACAGGGCUGCUGGUGAUCGGUGGAGAUUUCAACACAGUUCUCAAUCCAUUUAUAGACAAAGACAAUUCAAAAAGGCUAACAGAUACCUCAAUUCACAGAAAGCUGCGCUUUUGUGUGAAAAAGUUUCUGAAAUCUCUUCAGCUGGUUGAUGUCUGGAGAAGAAAGAACCCUAUAAAUCAGAAUUAUACGUUCAACAGUCAAAUUGCGUCCAGGCUGGAUUAUUUCUUCUUUCCAGAAGAAUGUAUGUGGCGUGUCAGAAGUUGUGAAAUCAGAGACUCUGGGAUGCGCGACCAUCGUCCUGUGUACUUGGAAAUCAACAAUGCUUCCACAAUCCUUUUUCAGAAAGAUCUUCACAUACAAUCACUCUCCCAACUAUUCAAUCAUAAAAAGCAUCUUUUGACAGAUGAGACAGGUUCAUUACUGGGUGAAGAAAGCUCACAGGCACUCAGUGAGGUUGACAUUUUCUCAGCUGUAAAUUCUCUUCAAGUGUCAGACACACCGAGACCAGACGGUUUCCCAGUUUCCUUCUACAAAGACAACAUUCAGCAUCUAAUUCAAUAUAUAAAGAUGCUCUAUGACAGAAUCCACAGCGGUGCAUUUAACUGCUCUGAGAAACACUUUAAUGAAACUGUGAAAAGUCCACAUGAUGAUAAUCAACACUUCUUUAACGUUGAUUACCUCAUCAUUGCAACCAUUCUGGCAAAACGUCUAGAUGAUUUCUUGGAGUCUCAGUCAAAGGGUCGGGUACCAAAAGAUUCAGUUACUGUCAUGAUCACUCCCAAAACAUUCUGCACUGAGAUGAGGUUGUCUUGUAUUAAGGAUGAGAUAGAAAAGCAAAAACAGUCAAACCCAAAUCUGUAUCAGGAUUUCCUCAUUGUGAAAAACCUCCUCAGAGAUGCACCAGAAGUAGAUACUGAAUCUGUAGAGGUUUCAAUCGAGAGAGACAAACUGCUGGAUCAGGGCUGCCCUUUGACCCCAGUUCUCAUUAUGCUGGCUCUGAAAUGCUUUGCCUCUGCAUUAGCUGGUCAUUUAAAACAGCAGGAUAUUCUAGUUUUCAAAGACAGUGUGAUACUUUGCAUCCAACCCGAGGACCUUGAGAAAGUAUUAGCUGCUGUGAGGGAAAGAGCUAAUGAAGUGUUUUACAUUAAGGAAUUAUCCAGUGGAAAUAUCAAUGGUGAACAAUUAAAGUGUAAAGGAAAUGAGUUUAAGGAUGAAGAUUGCGGUGAAAUGGAUGCAGAAACAUUUGUAAACACAGAGGAAGAAUCAGAAGCCAGCUGGUCUAGUAGAGUGUAUGAAGAGCAUGAUUUUGUUAUACAUAAGGAAGAAAACAUUUCAGUGGAGGAUGAUGGAAGGCAGACCAUGUAUGCAGUUGUUACCUUUCAAGACUCAGAUGAGGUGAUGGUGGUAGCAUCAAACUGGCUGAGCCUAGACAAGAAACAAUGUUGCUGGCCCCCAUUCAAAUCACCAGACAAGUGCAUGGAAGCUGUUCAGAACAGAAUUAAAGCUGAAACAGCAGGGAGACCAUGGGAGAAAAUAAACAUUAGCUUUCACAGAGAAUGUGUCACUUUUGAGAAGGCAAAGGAGGAGCAAAAAGAAUUCAAAGAACAGAAAGAACGGUCAUAUCUAUUAGCCACUGGAUUCCCUGGAAUGCUAAAAAGACAAAGACUUGAAACCACUCAAGAAAUGUUAAAACAACAACUUCCUCCUGCAUCACCUGCAUCUACAUCCAGAAUGUCAGCUGAUGACAAGGAUGAGCUUCUCCAAAUGCUGAGAGAGAUCAAGAGCACAGUUCAGGAAAACUCUGCUAUGUUAAAGAAACUACUAAAAGACAAUAUGGUUUCUGAAGCACCCAGCAGUACAAGCGUGCCUUCAAAAAACAUUAAAGCAAACCUAAAACUGCCUCUUAGAACCUUUGAAGAUGUGGCCAGGACUGAAAGACAGCUCAACACCAUAAAAACACGGAAAAAAUAUGUAAAAGUUUUGUCAGGGCUUGGAGGUUUUGGCCCCAAGGAUGUGAUUAAGAAUAUUAUGCAGCAAGUCCUAACAGAUGAUCUGGCUAAGGAGUUCAACUGGCAGGGGAGAGGAGAUAAAAGAGCCUUCUCUCACCUUUGUCUAACAGAUGUGAUCAGAGAUGCUGCAUUCAAACGAAGUGUAAACAGGGCUGACUGUGAAACUGAAAUAAAAAAAUAUUUGAGUUACACAGCUGAUCGACUCAGUCGGAAGAGACCAAGAGAACAAGGAGGUCCUGUGCACGAGAAUCCAAAUGUGAUUUCUACCUCACUGAUGGAAAACCAGCCAGAGAUGGAAAUACCCUACAAUUUUGAUUUUUGAGUUUUUGAUCAUCAGUCAUAGGUCAUGAAGACCCACUUUCAAAUUAAGCAAUUUUUUUUUUUUUUUUUACAUUUAUUUCUCUUUGACAUUACUUAAUGAAUUGUCAUGUUUUCAGUUAUAUGCCAGCAGUGGGACUUGCAUGCAUGUCUGAUCCAAUAACUAAAAGAUUAUAUAUAUAUAUAUAUAUAUAUAUAUAUAUAUGAUAUAUAUAUAUAUAUAUAUAUAAUAGAUAUAUAUAUAUAUAUAUAUAUCUCCUCUCUACCAGUGCAGGAUUUUUAGAUAACUAAUCUGACACUAGUGAAUUUACUGUAUUUAUGUUCAAAAUGAAAGAUACACCUAUUAUGUUUUUUGCUGGCUCCCAUCCCAGUGAUUUUGGAUGUCAUACUGACACCUUCUUGUACUUCUGUUAGCACAGAAUGCCAGACAAUUACCUCAGUUAUAUUUGUAUUUUUUUAUUUAUCUUUUAACUAUAAACAUUUCUUACCUGUUUUCACGCUGAGAACACGUAUUUUGAUCUCUUUCUGUCAAACAAUACAGAUAUGUUAAAUGAAAUGUUUGGUCAGUGAGUGUAGUUCAUGAAAUGUGUCUUAGCAACUCAGAAAACUGUUUGAAAUGCUAGCAGUGCUGAAAACAGAAUUUCAAACUCAUUAAUUUAACUGGUUCAAAAAUAAUAACAACUAUCCUCUGGAAAGUCAGAAGAAGAAAUUACCAACAAGAUUGUCACCUUGACUUACAAAAAAAACACAUCAAAAUGACAUAAAUUAAAGAAACUUUGGCCCAGGUCGCAUCAGUGGGCAAAAGCAUCAGGGUUCUGACGACACCCCUUUGGGGAGUGUGCAGCAAACUCCUUGUGGACUGAGUGGACUGAAUUGGUGGGUUUUUGUUAAAUGUGAGCCAAAAUCAUCACAAUUAAAAGAACCAAAGACUUAAACUACUUCAGUCUGUGCACACUGAAUUUAAUACACAAGUUUCACAAUUUGAGUCGAAUUACUGAAAUAAAUUAACUUUUCCAUGACAUUCUAAUUUAUUGAGAUGCACCUGUACAUUACACACUCUGUGCAUGGUUGCAAGACAAGUUUUUGUGUCUCUUUGUUGGCAAAUACAUACCUUUUUUGUCUUUUCAUAUAUACAUGACUUUUUUUUUCAUAUUCACACUUCAUUCAUU